AUGCGUCGUACGAAGCCCGCUUGGCACUGGAUGAAGCGCCUCAUGGAGCAAGAGGGCGCUUUCGACAUGGACCCUCGAGGAGAUCUCUGCCUGCUGGUCACCCCCGAAGAUGGCAACGACGAUGGCCUGGACUGCAACCAUGACGAUGACGAUGCUGCCUCCGUCAAAAGUGAAACGAGCGACACUUCCAAGAAUGGACAGCGGUUCGUUGUCUGCUCCAGAGCCCUGUCGCGUGCUUCGCCCGUCUUUUGCAAGAUGCUGUACGGACACUUUGCCGAGGCCGACAGCAGUCGCAGCAAGGCCGUGAACCUCAACGAUGCCAUCGAGCCGAUGUUCUUGGCCCUCUUGAUCAUUCAUGGCCGCUUCGACAUCGUUCCCGCACGCCUUACAGUCGAGGAGCUUUUCGAUUUGUUGGUUAUUACCAACAAAUAUCAAAUGACCGGCAUCGCACGCCCUUGGCUCCAUAAGUGGGUACCUUACUUGAAGGCCAUCCCAUGCAGCCCUCACAAGGACCUCUUGGCCUGGAUCGCGUGGGAACUCGGUGCCGAGCAGAUGUUCGACCACGUUGCCAAAGCAAUCGCUCGGGAAUGUCGCGUCAACGAGGACGGCGAGGUUCUGGACACGGAUGGUCUGCCCAUGAGACUCAACGUCUACCUCGAUGCCGCUGGCAUCCUAGGUGAGCUACUGACUCCAGCCCCGUGCUUCCAGGACCACUAA